CCCCUCAUAUAUUCUCCUCUCCCCCAAACUCUAUCUACCCCCGAUAGAGAUUCGUGUUCGCCGACCAUUCUCAAAUUUUAUCAUCGUUUCAAUUCAAUUUUGAUAUCUAGGGUUCAUCCCAUCUAAUUUGGGGAUUUUAAUUUGUAUGUCUAGUGUUCAUCAAUCAUACCCAAGAGUUUCUUUCGUACAGAAAGAUUAGUUUUCUCAGUUUUGUUGAAGAAAUAGUCGUUUUGGAAUCCGGGGUUUCAUUUUUUCUUCAUAAAGAAUACCCAAGGAAUUGUCUGCGUUGAAAAAGAUUAAUUCUUGAGUUUUGUUCAAGAAAUUAUCUUUUUUUGGGGGUUUUCGUUUUAUUUGAUAUUGCCGAUGAUGGUUUGAGUUGUUUUUCAAUCUGAGGAACAAUUUGGGUUAUCCGGUUUUGAAGAAUUGCUUUCUUCAGAUCUGUUUAUAGAUUACAGAUGUCAAUGGAUGAUUCUUCAUCCUCAUCAUAUUGGUGCUACAGAUGCAGCCAAUUUAUCAAUGUUCCGACUCACCGGUUAGAUUCUUCUUUCUUUUGCCCGGAUUGCAACGGUGGAUUCAUAGAGGAGCUCGGUAGCCCGACCCAGAUACCCGAGUCAACACUUUCGGACUCUCACCGGAGACGUUUUCCUGCUGCGGCUCUAUACAUGGUCGGAAACGAGCAACAUAGCUCAGUAUCAAGUCCUAGCCCACCGGUGCUUCGCCGUACUGUAAGGAACCCAGGUGAUCGGUCGCCGUUUAACCCCGUCAUCGUCGUUCGUGGACAGACUAGCAACGCGAACACGCCGCCCGUUGAAUCCGGCAACGGGAGAGGGUUUGAGAUGUAUUAUGAUGACGGAGCUGGGUCUGGUUUGAGGCCAUUACCGGUGAGUAUGUCGGAGUUUUUGUUGGGUGCUGGUUUUGACCGGUUAUUAGAUCAAUUGACUCAAAUUGAAGCGAAUGGGUUAGGGAGAAUCGACCAGAAUCCCCCGGCGUCAAAGGCCGCCAUUGAAGCACUUCCGACGAUUGAAAUUCAAGAAAUUCAUACUUUCACAGAAUCCCAUUGUGCUGUUUGUAAAGACCCAUUUGAAUUACAAACAGAAGCUAAAGAAAUGCCUUGUAAGCAUUUAUACCAUUCGGAUUGCAUUCUUCCAUGGCUAAGUUUACGUAAUUCAUGCCCAGUUUGCCGCCACGAACUGCCGUCGGAUAAUCAAGAAUCAGUAUCUGACGAUAACGAUGUAGCAGCAGGAUUAACGAUUUGGAGGCUGCCUGGCGGCGGUUUUGCGGUGGGGAGGAGGGGAAGGGAGAGAGAGAUACCUGUUGUUUUUACUGAAAUGGACGGUGGAUUCAACAUCAACGGAGGUCCAUGGAGGAGGAGGUCAUGGGAUUUAAGAGGAAACGGUGGUGGAGGGAAUGGCGGAUUGCGGCGGUUUUUCAAUAAUAUGUUUUCUUGUUUCAGUGGUGGUGGUCGACGAGGGCGCAGAGGUUUGUCCUCUAGUUCGAGUUCCAGUUCUGAUGAUGGAGUAAGCCAUAGAAGCAGAUUUAUUCCGACGAUUUUUAGCAGCUCCUCACGGCGGCAGAGGGCGUGGGCUUCUGACGUGAACAAUCGGCCACAAAUGUGGUGAAUUGAAUCUAUGACUUCUAUUAUGUUGAAUCAUGAAUGUAAAUAACAAAAGUUAAAGAAUGAAAGGUGCAAGUUUAUGUGUGAAA